UCCACAUGUUUACCUUUUGGUAAACAAUCAACAACAUGUUAUCAUAUUUACUUUAUUUUUCAUCUUCUCUUUGCAAUUAAUUGUUUCUUUUAUUUAUUAAAUUGUUGACUCUUUUUCUUUUCCAGUUAAUCUGUUAAAAUGUCUAAAGAAAGUGACGCUGAUGAUAUUACUGAAGCGAUUCUUGAUGAGACGAAAUCUGAAACAUGGGAAUCACUUGGUGUCUCUGAAAAUAUUAUCAAUGCUCUUAAUGAACAUGGUCUAACUGAACCAACCGAUAUUCAGAAGGGAAUAAUUAAACCUGCCUUGUCUGGAAUAUAUGAUUUACUUGGAGCUGCUCCUACUGGAAGUGGUAAAACUUUAGCCUUUGGAAUACCUUUAAUUCAAAAGAUUCAAGAGAAAAAGGAUUAUUAUGGUGAUAGUAAAUUAAGAGGUCUUAUUAUUACUCCUACUCGAGAAUUGGCUCAACAAAUUAAAAUUCAUCUUGAUAGAGCUGCUAAAUUUACUACUGUUAAAAUUGCUGUGGUAUUUGGUGGCUUAUCUACCCAACGGCAGGAAAGAAUUUUGACCAAAGGUCAACCGGAUAUUCUUGUUGCCACACCAGGUCGACUUUGGGAGAUAAUUAAUGAGAUGGAGAUUCCUCAUGUUUCACAUAAAUCUGUUUCUCAUAUUCGUUAUUUGGUAAUCGAUGAGGCUGAUCGAAUGACGGAGAAAGGCUACUUUUCCGAAUUGACCAAUAUUCUUAGUAUAAUCAAGGAAAAAGGGGCCAAAAUCCAUCGCCAGGUAUUCCUACUUUCGGCUACAUUAACAUUCAUCUCUAAAGGACCAAAGUUAAUCAAAAAAAUGAAACAACCCAAAUUACGAUCAAAAUUGCGACACAUCUCACGAAUCAUUGGAAUGAAAAAUCAUAAAAUUAUCGUCGAUUUGACAGCCGGAGGUGUUGGUACACCAAGUCGUGAACAAUUGUCCAUCUUUAAGAUUGAAUGUUUAAAAGAGGAAAAAGACCUUUAUUUAUAUUACUUUCUAUUAGCUCAUCCUGGUCGAUCAAUAGUAUUUUGUAAUAGUAAAGAUUGUCUUAGACGUUUACAGCAUCUUCUAACAAUUUUAGAUCAAAAGCCGAUCCCCUUACACGCGGCCAUGGAACAGAAAAGACGACUCUCGAACCUUGAACGUUUCAGUGCCGAUCCCAGAGGAAUUUUAUUAGCCAGUGAUGUCGCCGCUCGAGGCUUAGAUAUUUCUUAUGUUGACCAUGUUAUUCACUAUCAAGUCCCUCGAACCGCUGAAUUAUAUAUCCACAGAAGUGGCCGAACCGCUCGAAUGUCCAACAAAGGGAUUUCUCUUCUUCUUUGUGAACCCGCUGAAAGUUACACUUAUAGAAAACUCUGUGGUUCAAUCAAUGAUUCCCAAGAUUUAGAUUCUUUUCCCAUUGACGAUGUUAAACUAAAUCGACUCCGUGAACGACUUGGAAUUGCUAGAGAAUUGGAUGUUCUCACUCAUAGGCAAAAGAAAGUUAAAUCUCAUGAUGACUUUUUCCGUCGAAUGGCCAAAGAAUGUGAAAUUGACCUGGAAGAUCGAGAUGAUCUAUGGAUGAAAGAUGAAGAUUCUGCUCCUAAAGAAAACAAAAAGAUCAAAAAUUUACAAAAUCAAUUGAAAAAUCUAUUGAAAAAAAAUGUUUUCUAACAAGUAAAUCUUUUCCCCGAUUCCCAAACAAUUGCGAUUUAUAAAUUAACGAUUGAAAUGACACAUUUUCUUGAAAUUUUAGGUGCAAUCAAAUUAAUCAUGUUCCUGUAAAUACUGAUUGACCAACUGUCAACAAGAAAACCAAAUUAAAAGGUUUAAUCAUAAAUUA